AUGGAUAAAUAUCGGGGAGAGCUUAAUGGCCAGAAUGAGUGCGUCUCUGCACGUGCAAGCCAGGUCCCUAGGUCAAAAACCCCGCUCCCUGCACGGGAGCUCACCAGCCCCCCCCUGCCGGACGAUGACAACUCUGCUGAAGCCAAGAACUUUCUGGGCAGCUUCCCGGCCCAGGAGGGAUGUCUCUGGAAGGCGGCGCUGGAGGAUCUGAAGCAGAUGAACUCUCAGAACGCCGAAGAGAAGCUGCAGGACUUCUUGGACAUUCUGGAGAAGCUGAUAAAUCUGGUUGGGCAGCAGAGCGAGAGCGUGGAGCAGAGACACCGGAGCGCGACGGAGCUCAUGGCCACAGUGGAGAAGCUGAUGAGAACGCUGGCCCUGACCCUGCGUGACAGCAAUAUCAGCAUCGCAUCCCCCAACGGCACAGAGCUGGGGCUGGCGGUCAGGCAGGCUGGGAACCAGAGCCAGGAGACGGUGACGCUGCAGCAGAGCAAGACGCAGAUGGAAUUAAAAUGGGCCAGAGCCCCAGGGCAGGAAAAUGAAGGCUUCACGCUGGCCGGGCUGCUGACAUACCAGGGGAUGAGCCCCAUCCUGGAUGGUGCUGGGCGGGUGGAGGCGCCCGAGUGGGACGAGAUCGGCCAGACGGGGAAGUGGGCGCAGAAGCCCGGGCGGCCCAGCUACCGUGUGCUGUCUCCAGUGGCGUCGGCCUUCAUCAGUGACCCGAACCCCCAGGCACCCGGCCUCUCCGUCAGCAUCCGCUUCAGCCACCCGGUGCCGGAGAACAAGACCGACCUGCGCCUCCUCUGCGCCUACUGGGAGCCUGACAGCAGGCGCUGGGCCACCGACGGCUGCACCCUGCAGAAGUUGAACGCCACCAUCACCCGCUGCCAGUGCAACCACCUGACCAGCUUCGCCGUGCUCAUGGCCUUCUACGAGCUGGAGGUAGGUGCGGCCCUCGCUGGGGCCUGGGGCUG